AUGUGUCUUGGGUCUUCUGCCCUAUGCCAGGGUGCCAUCCUUCCAACAGAGAAGAGGUUUUCCUGUACUGAGUGUAAGAAAUGUUUUUCAGAUAAGUGGCAUCUUAAUAGACAUAAGAGGUUGCACACGGGUGAGAAGCCGUAUUCCUGUCCUGAGUGCGGGAAAUGUUUUUCAGAGAAGUGGCAUCUUGAUAGACAUCAGAGGUCGCACAGGGGUGAGAAGCUGUAUUCCUCUUAUCCUGAGGAACCUCAGACUGUGCGGGACGGUGCCGUUCUUACAACAGAUAAGAGGUUUUCCUGUACUGAGUGCGGGAAGUGUUACCGUUUUAAGUCUGGUCUUACUGUUCAUAAAAAAUCUCAUACAGGUGAGAAGCCACAUUCCUGUUCUGAGUGCGGGAAAUGUUUUGUAAACAAAUCAGAUCUUGUCACACAUCUGAGAUCUCACACGGGGGAGAAGCCAUAUUCCUGUCCUGAGUGUGGGAAGUGUUUUUUAGACAAGUCCACUCUUCGCAGGCAUCAGAAGACUCACACAGGGGAGAAGCCACAUUCCUGUGCGGAGUGCGGGAAAUGUUUUUCAGACAAGUCCAGUCUUAAUAAUCAUCAGAGGUCUCACACGGGUGAGAAGCCGUUUCCCUGUUCUGAGUGCAGGAAAUGUUUUUCAAGUAAGUCACAUCUUUUUUAUCAUCAGAAAACUCACACGGGGGAAAAGCCAUAUUCCUGUUCUGAGUGUGGAAAAUGUUUUUCAAGGAAGUCAAUUCUUUACAGACAUCAGAGAUCUCACAUGAGGGAAAAGCCAUUUACCUGUUCUGAGUGUGGAAAAUGUUUUUCAAGGAAGUCGCAUCUUUCCAGACAUCAGAAGUCGCACACGGGUGAGAAGCCGUAUUCCUGUCCUGAGUGCGGUAAAUGUUUUUCAAGUAAGACCCAUCUUUCCUGUCAUCAGAGGUCGCACACGGGUGAGAAGCCGUAUUCCUGUCCUGAGUGCGGGAAAUGUUUUUCAGAUAAGUCGCAUCUUGGCAGACAUCAGAGGUUGCACACGGGUGAGAAGCCACAUUCCUGUCCUGAGUGCGGGAAGUGUUUUUCAAGUAAUUCACAUCUUGUCAGGCAUCAGAUGUUGCACACGGGUGAAAAGCCGUAUUCCUGUCCUGAGUGUGGGAAAUGUUUCUCAAGUAAUUCACAUCUUGACACACAUCAGAGAUCUCACACGGGUGAGAAGCCGCAUUCUUGUCCUGAGUGCGGGAAAUGUUUUAAAACAAAGUCAUAUCUUUACGCACAUCAGAAGUCUCACACGGGUGAGAAGACGUAUCCCUGUCCUGAGUGCGGGAAAGGUUUUUCAGCUAAGUCACACCUUAUCGUACAUCAGAGAAUGCAUACAGGGGAGAAGCCAUAUUCCUGUCCCGAGUGCGGGAAAUGUUUUUCAGUGAAGUCACAUCUUACCUCACAUCAGAAAUUGCAUACAGGGGAGAAGCCGUAUUCCUGCGCUGAGUGUGGGAAAUGUUUUUCAAGGAAUACACAUCUUGACAGACAUCAGAGAUCUCACACGGGUGAGAAGCCGUAUUCCUGUCCUGAGUGUGGAAAAUGUUUUUCAAAUAAGUCUAAUCUUUACAGUCAUCAGAGAUUGCACACAAGUGAGAAGCCGUGUUCCUGUCCUGAGUGCGGGAAAGGUUUUUCUAGAAAGUCCUAUCUUUACAGACAUCAGAAAUCUCACACGGGGGAGAAGCCACUUCCCUGUCCUGAGUGAGGGAUUGGAAAUCUCGAAGAUGAUGAUAUUUUUGUAAAAGAAGAGUAUAAAGAGGAGGAUGAGGAGUAUGGGCCUCAGACUGUGCGGGACGGUGCCGUCCUUCCAACAGAUAAGAGGUGUUCCUGUACUGAGUGCGGGAAGUGUUUCAGUUCUAAGUCUAGUCUUAAUAUUCAUAAAAAAUGUCAUACAGGUGAGAAGCCACAUUCCUGUUCUGAAUGCGGGAAACGUUUUUCAGCGAAGUGGCUUCUUCUCAGACAUCAGAGGUCGCACACGGGUGAGAAACCAUAUUCCUGCCCUGAGUGUGGAAAAUGUUUUGUACAGAAAUUAGAACUUGUCAUACAUCAGAGGUCUCACACGGGUGAGAAGCCGUAUUCCUGUCCUGAGUGUGGGAAAUGUUUUUCAGAUAAGCCCAGUCUUUCCUAUCAUCAGAGAUCACACACAGGUGAAAAGCCGUAUUCCUGUCCUGAGUGUGGAAAAUGUUUUGUACAGAAAUCAGAACUUGUCAGACAUCAGAGGUCUCACACUGGUGACAAGCCGUAUUCCUGUCCUGAGUGUGGGAAAUGUUUUUCAGAUAAGUCGAAUAUUCUCAGACAUCAGAGGUCUCACACCGGUGAGAAGCCGUAUUCCUGUCCUGAGUGUGGGAAAUGUUUUUCCGUUAAGUCGCAUCUUGACACACAUCAGAGGUCUCACACGGGUGAGAAGCCGUAUUCCUGUUUUGAGUGCGGGAAAUGUUUUUCACGUAAGUCGCAUCUUGACACACAUCAGAGUACUCACACGGGUGAGAAGCCGUAUUCCUGUCCUGAGUGUGGGAAAUGUUUUGUACAGAAAUCAGAAAUUGUCAGACAUCAGAGGUCUCACACGGGUAACAAGCCAUAUUCCUGUCCUGAGUGUGGGAAAUGUUUUUCAGAGAAUUCGAAUAAUCUCAGACAUCAGAGGUCUCACACGGGUGAGAAGCCGUAUUCCUGUCCUGAGUGUGGGAAAUGUUUUUCCGUUAAGUCGCAGCUUGACAGACAUCAGAGGUCUCACACGGGUGAGAAGCCGUAUUCCUGUCCUGAGUGCGUGAAAUGUUUUUCAGAUAAGUUCAGUCUUUCCUAUCAUCAGAAAUCACACACGGGUGAGAAGCCAUAUUCCUGUCCUGAGUGUGGAAAAUGUUUUUUAGUUAAGUCACUUCUUCUCAAACAUCAGAAAUCUCACACAGGGGAGAAGCCACUUCCCUAUAAGAGGUUUUCCUGUACUGAGUGCGGGAAGCGUUUCCAAUCUAAGUCUAAUCUUAAUAUGCAUAAAAAAAUUCAUACAGGUGAGAAGCCACAUUCCUGUUCUGAGUGUGGGAAAUGUUUUUCAACUAAGUCACAUCUAUCUUUACAUCAGAGGUCUCACACAGGUGAGAAGCCGUAUUCCUGUUCUGAGUGCGGGAAAUGUUUUUCAGUUAAGUCGAAUCUUGACACACAUAAGAGGUCUCACACGGGUGAGAAGCCGUAUUCCUGUCCUGAGUGCGGGAAAUGUUUUUCAGUUAAGUCGCUUCUUGACACACAUCAGAGAUCACACACGGGGGAGAAGCCGUAUUCCUGUCCUGAGUGUGGGAAAUGUUUUUUAGCUAAGUCUAGUCUUUCCUAUCAUCAGAGGUCUCACACAGGUGAGAAGCCGUAUUCCUGUCCUGAGUGCGGGAAAUGUUUCUCAGUUAAGUCACAUCUUGACACACAUCAGAGAUCACACACAGGGGAGAAGCCAUAUUCCUGUCCUGAGUGUGGGAAAUGUUUUUUAGCUAAGUCCAGUCUUUCCUAUCAUCAGAGGUCUCACACAGGUGACAAGCCAUAUUCCUGUCCUGAAUGUGGGAAAUGUUUCUCAGUUAAGUCGCAACUUGACAGACAUCAGAGAUCUCACACGGGUGAGAAGCCGUAUUCCUGUCCUGAGUGUGGGAAAUGUUUUUCUGGUAAGUCGAAUCUUGACACACAUCAGAGAUUGCACACGGGUGAGAAGCGGUAUUCCUGUCCUGAGUGCGGGAAAUGUUUUUCACAGAAGUCCCAUCUUUACACACAUCAGAGAUCUCACACAGGUGAGAAGCCAUAUUCCUGUCUUGAGUGCGGGAAAUGUUUUUCAUUUAAGUGGCAUCUUGACACACAUCAGAGAUUGCACACGGGUGAGAAGCCAUAUUCCUGUUCUGAGUGCGGGAAAUGUUUUUCAGCUAAGUCCAGUCUUUCCUAUCAUCGGAGGUCUCACACAGGUGAGAAGCGGUAUUCCUGUUCUGAGUGUGGGAAAUGUUUUUCAAGAAAGUCGCAUCUUGUCAGACAUCAGAGGUUGCACACGGGUGAGAAGCUGUAUUCAUGUUCUGAGUGCGGGAAAUGUUUUUCAGAGAAGUGGCCUCUUGAAAGACAUCAGAUGUUGCACACGGGUGAGAAGCCGUAUUCCUGUCCUGAGUGCGGGAAAUGUUUUUUAGAUAAGUCAAAACUUGAUAGACAUCAGAUGUCGCACACGGGUGAGAAGCCGUAUUCCUGUCCUGAGUGCGCAAAAUGUUUUUUAGAGAAGUCGAAUCUUCUCAGACAUCAGAGAUUACACACGGGUGAGAAGCCGUAUUCCUGUCCUGAGUGUGGGAAAUGUUUUUCAGCUAAGUCCAGUCUUUCCUAUCAUCAUAGAUCACACACGGGUGAGAAGCCGUAUUCAUGUUCUGAGUGCGGGAAAUGUUUUUCAUCUAAGUCCGGUCUUUCCCAUCAUCAUAGAUCACACACGGGUGAGAAGCCGUAUUCCUGUCGUGGGUGCGGGAAAUGUUUUUCAGCUAAGUCCAGUAUUUCCUAUCAUCAGAACUUUCACACGGGGGAGAAGCCCUGUUCCUGUUUUGUGUGAGGGAAAUGUUCCUCACUGAAGUCCUGUCUUCCUGUACA